UGUAUCAGAUCUCAUCACAGUGAGAAGUCUUCUCUAUAUAACAAGUUGCAGCCAAACCUUCUUCUCUGAAUAACUAACAAACAAAAUUUCAUGCAAUAUUUUGCGAGACCAUCAAGUUAGUUCAACAAUGGAGAGGAACCUUCAUAUCUUCCACUACUGCUUUAGCAUUUUCAUCUUUUUCACAAGAAUCAACUUGUUUUUAGCAGCUGAUACCAUAACUCCAGAGGGGUCCUUGCAGGAUGGUGACACAUUGGUUUCUUCAGCCCAAAGGUUUGAGCUUGGCUUCUUCUAUCCUGGAAAAUCAAAGAACAGGUAUUUGGGAAUAUGGUACAAGCAGAGCCCCGAGACAGUUGUGUGGGUUGCGAAUAGAAACAAUCCGAUUCUUGAUACUAAUGGAAGUUUAGUUAUUAGUGAUGAUGGAAACCUUGUUCUUCUCAAUAAAUCAAAGGGGACUGUCUGGUCUUCAAACAUUUCUAGCAAAUUAGAAAAUCCAGUGGCUCAGCUUUUGGACAAUGGAAACUUUAUUGUUAAGGAUAAUUUUAGCUCCAAUGCUUCUGAAAGCUAUCUUUGGCAAAGCUUUGACUUCCCAACAGACAUAUUGUUACCUGAAAUGAAGUUGGGUUGGAACUUGAAGGCGGGUUUUGAUCGUUAUUUAACUGCAUGGAGAAGCGCUGAUGAUCCAUCUCUUGGAGACUAUACUUUCAAACUCGAAAUUGAUUUGUUACCUGAAAUGGUAAUCUACAAUCGAUCAGAGAAGUUUGCUCGGACUGGACCAUGGAAUGGAGCUUUCUUUGGAGGCAUUCCUACGAAGCCAAACUUGCUGUUUGAACCAAUUGUGGUGACUAAUCAAGAUGAGUAUACUUACAGGUACGAGUCUUUUAACAAUCCCAUUGUCAUGCUAUUAAAAGUAAAUAAUUCUGGUAUGAUACAAUGGCAAAUAUGGAACGAGAGAAGUACUGGAUGGGAUAGUGUGUACUUUGCGCCUGAAGAUGUGUGUGGACAUUAUGGGCAUUGUGGGCCUAACAGUGUUUGCAACAUUGACGAGACUCCAAUUUGUGAGUGUUUGAAGGGAUUUGUGCCCAAUUCACAGUCUAACCACACUUCAUUUAACGGGUGUGUGAGAGGUUCGCCCUUGGAUUGUAAAGGCGGAGAUGGGUUUAUAAAGCUUGAUGGGAUUAAAUUGGCUGACUUGAUAGAUGUUUCUCUGAAUGAGAGUAUGAGUCUUGUGGAAUGUAAGGCCAAAUGCUUGAAUAACUGUUCUUGCCAAGCUUAUAUUAAUUCCAAUGUAACUGGUGGAGGCAGUGGCUGUUUGGUGUGGUUUGGGGAUUUGGUUGAUAUCAGAAAGCUCGUUGAGAACAGGGGGACACAGGAUAUCUUUAUACGAGUGCCUGCUUCAGAACUGGGCACAAACUCAAGCAGUGGGACUUCUACAGAAAAUGAGAAUAAAGGAAGCAGUAAGCAUAUAUGGAUAAUUGUCAUACCUAUCCUGUCUCUGGCAAUGGUCAUUGUAGGUAUCAUGAUUCCUUAUAUGAGGAGAAACAUCAGAAGCAAAGGGGAGGAUCUUUUGUCAUUUGAUGUUGGCAUGGGGCUAGAUGAUGAUCAUGCGGAGCUUACUGAAGUAAAGAAGCUUGGAGAAAGUAGUAGUAGAAAGGACGUUAAAUUGCCAUUAUUCAGUUUUGCAAGUGUUUCUGCUGCAACAGAUAAUUUCUCAUUCACAAACAUGCUUGGUGAAGGGGGUUUCGGACCUGUUUACAAAGGAAAACUGUUGAAAGGGGAUCAAAUAGCUGUGAAAAGGCUCUCAAAAAGAUCUGGACAAGGAUGGGAGGAAUUAAAAAAUGAAGCAGUUCUCAUAGCCAAGCUCCAACACAAAAAUCUUGUUAGACUUUUGGGCUGCUGUAUCGAACAAGAUGAAAAGAUACUGAUCUAUGAGUACAUGCCAAAUAAGAGCUUGGAUAUCUUUCUCUUUGAUCCUGAGAAACGUAAGUUGUUAGAUUGGACUACACGUGUUCGAAUUAUUGAAGGGAUUGCUCAAGGACUUCUCUACCUUCAUGAAUAUUCUAGAUUGCGAAUUAUUCAUAGGGAUUUGAAAGCUAGUAAUAUUUUGUUGGACAAAGACAUGAAUCCUAAAAUUUCUGAUUUUGGAAUGGCAAGAAUAUUUGGAGUGGAUGAGUUACAAGCGAACACACAGAGGAUCGUUGGAACUUAUGGAUAUAUGUCUCCAGAAUAUGCCCUUGAAGGUGUCUUCUCAAUAAAAUCUGAUGUCUUUAGCUUUGGGGUGUUGUUACUGGAGAUUAUUAGCGGCAAGAAGAAUUCUGGUUUUUAUCAGGCUGACUGCCUCAAUCUUCUGGGUUUUGCAUGGGAUAAGUGGACAAGUGACGGGGGAUUGGACUUGAUGGAUCCAGUAUUAGAAGAAGCAGCCUCCAGACAUAUAUUACUAAGAUAUGUUAACAUUGGGCUGCUUUGUGUUCAGGAAAAUGCAGAAAAUAGACCCUCUAUGUCUGAUGUAGUCUCCAUGCUUAUGAAUGAAACUGCAACACUAUCUUCUCCAAAACAACCUGCUUUUGCGCACAUAAGAAGUAAUGCCGAUUCAAAGUUGUCCCCCGAUGGCGGUAGGCCAGAGAAUUGUUCUAUCAACGAUAUAACUGUUACUAUUAUGGAAGCCCGUUACAUUUUCAUCUUUUUCACAAUAAUCAACUUGUUUUUAGCAGCUGAUACCAUAACUCCAGAAGGGUCCAUCCAGGAUGGUGACACAUUGGUUUCUUCAGCCCAAAGGUUUGAGCUUGGCUUCUUCUCUCCUGGAAAAUCAAAGAACAGGUAUUUGGGAAUAUGGUACAAGCAGAGCCCUGAGACAGUUGUGUGGGUUGCGAAUAGAAACAAUCCGAUUCUUGAUACCAAUGGAAGUUUAGUUAUUAGUGAUGAUGGAAACCUUGUUCUUCUCAAUAAAUCAAAGGGGACUGUCUGGUCUUCAAACAUUUCUAGCAAAUUAGAAAAUCCAGUGGCUCAGCUUUUGGACAAUGGAAACUUUAUUGUUAAGGAUAAUUUUAGCUCCAAUGCUUCUGAAAGCUAUCUUUGGCAAAGCUUUGACUUCCCAACAGACAUAUUGUUACCUGAAAUGAAGUUGGGUUGGAACUUGAAGGCGGGUUUUGAUCGUUAUUUAACUGCAUGGAGAAGCGCUGAUGAUCCAUCUCUUGGAGACUAUACUUUCAAACUCGAAAUUGAUUUGUUACCUGAAAUGGUAAUCUACAAUCGAUCAGAGAAGUUUGCUCGGACUGGACCAUGGAAUGGAGCUUUCUUUGGAGGCAUUCCUACGAAGCCAAACUUGCUGUUUGAACCAAUUGUGGUGACUAAUCAAGAUGAGUAUACUUACAGGUACGAGUCUUUUAACAAUCCCAUUGUCAUGCUAUUAAAAGUAAAUAAUUCUGGUAUGAUACAAUGGCAAAUAUGGAACGAGAGAAGUACUGGAUGGGAUAGUGUGUACUUUGCGCCUGAAGAUGUGUGUGGACAUUAUGGGCAUUGUGGGCCUAACAGUGUUUGCAACAUUGACGAGACUCCAAUUUGUGAGUGUUUGAAGGGAUUUGUGCCCAAUUCACAGUCUAACCACACUUCAUUUAACGGGUGUGUGAGAGGUUCGCCCUUGGAUUGUAAAGGCGGAGAUGGGUUUAUAAAGCUUGAUGGGAUUAAAUUGGCUGACUUGAUAGAUGUUUCUCUGAAUGAGAGUAUGAGUCUUGUGGAAUGUAAGGCCAAAUGCUUGAAUAACUGUUCUUGCCAAGCUUAUAUUAAUUCCAAUGUAACUGGUGGAGGCAGUGGCUGUUUGGUGUGGUUUGGGGAUUUGGUUGAUAUCAGAAAGCUCGUUGAGAACAGGGGGACACAGGAUAUCUUUAUACGAGUGCCUGCUUCAGAACUGGGCACAAACUCAAGCAGUGGGACUUCUACAGAAAAUGAGAAUAAAGGAAGCAGUAAGCAUAUAUGGAUAAUUGUCAUACCUAUCCUGUCUCUGGCAAUGGUCAUUGUAGGUAUCAUGAUUCCUUAUAUGAGGAGAAACAUCAGAAGCAAAGGGGAGGAUCUUUUGUCAUUUGAUGUUGGCAUGGGGCUAGAUGAUGAUCAUGCGGAGCUUACUGAAGUAAAGAAGCUUGGAGAAAGUAGUAGUAGAAAGGACGUUAAAUUGCCAUUAUUCAGUUUUGCAAGUGUUUCUGCUGCAACAGAUAAUUUCUCAUUCACAAACAUGCUUGGUGAAGGGGGUUUCGGACCUGUUUACAAAGGAAAACUGUUGAAAGGGGAUCAAAUAGCUGUGAAAAGGCUCUCAAAAAGAUCUGGACAAGGAUGGGAGGAAUUAAAAAAUGAAGCAGUUCUCAUAGCCAAGCUCCAACACAAAAAUCUUGUUAGACUUUUGGGCUGCUGUAUCGAACAAGAUGAAAAGAUACUGAUCUAUGAGUACAUGCCAAAUAAGAGCUUGGAUAUCUUUCUCUUUGAUCCUGAGAAACGUAAGUUGUUAGAUUGGACUACACGUGUUCGAAUUAUUGAAGGGAUUGCUCAAGGACUUCUCUACCUUCAUGAAUAUUCUAGAUUGCGAAUUAUUCAUAGGGAUUUGAAAGCUAGUAAUAUUUUGUUGGACAAAGACAUGAAUCCUAAAAUUUCUGAUUUUGGAAUGGCAAGAAUAUUUGGAGUGGAUGAGUUACAAGCGAACACACAGAGGAUCGUUGGAACUUAUGGAUAUAUGUCUCCAGAAUAUGCCCUUGAAGGUGUCUUCUCAAUAAAAUCUGAUGUCUUUAGCUUUGGGGUGUUGUUACUGGAGAUUAUUAGCGGCAAGAAGAAUUCUGGUUUUUAUCAGGCUGACUGCCUCAAUCUUCUGGGUUUUGCAUGGGAUAAGUGGACAAGUGACGGGGGAUUGGACUUGAUGGAUCCAGUAUUAGAAGAAGCAGCCUCCAGACAUAUAUUACUAAGAUAUGUUAACAUUGGGCUGCUUUGUGUUCAGGAAAAUGCAGAAAAUAGACCCUCUAUGUCUGAUGUAGUCUCCAUGCUUAUGAAUGAAACUGCAACACUAUCUUCUCCAAAACAACCUGCUUUUGCGCACAUAAGAAGUAAUGCCGAUUCAAAGUUGUCCCCCGAUGGCGGUAGGCCAGAGAAUUGUUCUAUCAACGAUAUAACUGUUACUAUUAUGGAAGCCCGUUAGCAUUUAGUACUUUCAUGAUCGAUAGAGAGUGUAUAUAUUUUGCUGUGUAUGUGUUUUGAGUUAAAUUUAUACAUACAGUUCAGUUUAAGAGAAA